AUGGCUACAACAACAAUAGCAAAUUCAAAAAUCAGCUUGAAACUCCUCAUAGACACCAACUCCAACAAGGUUCUCUUCGCCGAGGCCAAAAAGGACUUUGUCGACCUCCUUUUUGGCCUUUUCGCGCUUCCUCUAGGUACUAUCUUGGCACUUCUGACCAAACAUGAUGACACGGCUACAACAUUUAGGUCGUUGAGCAGAGUCUACCAGAGUGUCCAAAACCUAGACAAUGACUAUCUACAACCAAAUCAGACCAAUGACACCCUCUUGACACCCAAGAUUGGUGCAUCUAACACUGCCCAAACCCCUCUGUUGAAGCAAUUUUUAGCAAUGGCAGACCCACCAAACCAGACCAACGUUGAUGAUGGGUAUUCUCGUCAUAGAAAUGUGAAUGUGAAUGUGAAUAUGGUGCAUGGGUUUGUUAAAGGAGUGGUGACUUCCAUGGUGAUGGGUGAUCUCAUGGUCAAACCUAUGUCCUCCAUUUCUAGCAUUGCUCUUCUCAACAAUCUUAAGGUCAAGGACAUUACCAACCUCCAAGAGAAGACAGUGACGGUUGACAUGGACGAGGGUUUGAAGCUGUUCAUGAAGGCUUUCUCUAAGUCUACUACAGUCCUCACAGAUAUGUUCCUCCCAAUAAAGCCCAAUGUGAACAAAGACCAGGGAUCCUGUUCUUACUUCUUACCAUGA